AUGGCAGAAGGCGGCCACGUCCCUGCGGAUCCCAAUACUCGCUGCACAGUCGGGUUUUCCGACGCUCUCGACUGGAAACCGUUGUCCUUUCUGGAUGCCGGCAUCGCCCAGAAAGCGUGUGCCCUGUGUGGCACCGUGUCCAGGAAGUCGGUCAAGCUGCCCUGUGCCCACUUGCUCUGCGCCGACUGCCACUCGGAGAGCGCGCAACAAGGUAGCGUCUGCCCGCUGGACCGGAAGGACUUCGACGAACGUGACUUGGAUCGUCUCGAGCUUCCUGACCUCGACAACUACAGAGUGACAUGCUGCAAUGGACGGAACGGCUGCGAGUUUGUGGGCCCCGCCUCAAGUUUCCCGGGCCACUACAAGCAAUGCGCCUUCCACGUUGUAUCGUGCCAACGCUGCCACACUGCCAUGCUGCGGACCGCCGUCGUGAGCCACUGCAGAGACGGCUGCAGCGGUGCCCCAGCCGCACCCGCCGCCCCCCAGAGGCGCUCCAGUCGAAGUCGCGACAGCGCCGAACAAAGGCACGACGACUUGAAAGCGACGUUGCAGGACAUCUCCAGAGGCAUGGCCAGGAUGCACGACAGCGUGGACCAGGUUUCCGCCGACGUCAGGAGAGUGGACUGUCGGGUGGAGUGGUGGUGGAAGAACAACUGCGCGGAUAUGCGCAACUUCAAGUCGAGCGUCACCAAGGGUUUCGCGGACGAACAGAAGAUCAUCGAGAAUGUUUCCUCAGACGUCGUUGCUGCUGUCAGAGGAGCUCGAUGGAGUCUUGCUGAGCACGUAACCCAGGAGCUUGGCACGCAGACGAAGAAAGUGCUCUCGGCGGUCGAGGCGGUGUCCGACAAUCUGGAUCGGUUCUGCGGACCCCCGGUGUAUCACUGGUACCUCAGCGGCUGGUUAUCCUUGAGGCUAAGGGCAAUGGGCGGUAGCGUUGCCAUCUCGUCGAGCCCAAAGUGGACGGCAUACGGGUACUGCGUCUCCAUGUACGUCAGUUUCGUGAAAGACGAGCACAAGCAGCUCAGGGUGACUUGCUUCUUUAACGUGCAUCCUGGCGAUAACGAUCCGCAGCUGGAGUGGCCCUUCAGUAAGGUCUUUGAGUAUGGUAUUAUUCAUCCAACCAACAGAUCGCUCACCAUUGGACACAAAACGGACCCAAAGUUUCAUAAGGGUAACUUUUGUUUUCAAAGGCCCAAGGAAGAGCGUAGUGGAGGGUUUGCGCAGCAAGCGUUGUCUACUGCUGAGAAGCUCGAAAGGGAGGAAUUCGUCGUAGAUGACAUGGUACACAUGUUCUUGGUGGUUAUUCCUUAGUUUAUGGGGACCGCAUUUUGGCAUUUGACCAACUAGGAUUUGAAAAACUGUUAUUCGUGCGCUCAUCUCGAGUGUCUGGAGUUCGGGGCAAAGUUGGGAAAUGAAAGAUUAUCUUGAAUACAGCGUUUUAGAAGUAACAGAGCGAGGAUAGGUUUUCUUUCGUCGACCUGAUUUUUAAUCGUAUCACACUAAAGUGAUCUUAACGUUUACUUCCGAAACGACGUGCUGAGAAGACAGGCAUUUAAGGUUUUUCUAGUGCCGCAUAAUAUAACAGGCGCAAUCUCGAUAUAAUUUGAAUGUCUUACUACUCAUACCAUGAACUAACUCCAGGUACUACACUCCGUAACGGUAUGGGGGAGAAGGGGGUUACUAAUGACAAAAUCAAGAAUCAUAUGCCUAAAAUUGUUAUCUUGGCAAGGUGUGUGGUUUAUAAAUGAUGCAUCGCCGUACGAACUGGUUUUCGGCGAUGCUGAGCAACCUUGAGGGUGUACGAAAGGCACUGUACCUUUACUGCAGUUUCACAACUCAAUUCAGCGCCAAGACGCAGAGUUUUAAAUUUUAUUCAGAGAUGUGAAAAAUACUUGACUUAGAUUCGCAUCAAUUUCGAUUUCAAUUUGGUAUUUAUAUGAACCUCUGUUGAACUGCUGCAGGGCAGUGCCACGGUAAUCUGCUCGGAGACAAACUUGUUUUUUUUUUUAACUGUGGAAUAAAAAUGCACGUGAAAACAG